AUGACUUCAAACAGCAGCAGCAAACAACAGACAUAUGGGGCCCCUCAGGAGCCCCGUAAAAAUACAAAAAAGCAUCGGGGGCCCCCAGGGCCCCCUACUACCACAGAGGGGGCCCCCAAAGAGGGUUUUAAGGGGGCCCCCAAGGAGGGCUUAAGGGGGGCCCCCAAGAAGGGUUUUAAGGGGGCCCCGAAGGAGGAUUUAAAGGGGGCCCCCAAGGAGGGUUUUAAGGGGGCCCCCAAGGAGGGUUUUAAGGGGGCGCCCAAGGAGGGUUUAAGGGGGGCCCCCAAAGAGGGUUUUAAGGGGGCCCCCAAAGAGGGUUUAAAGGGGGCCCCCAAGGAGGGUUUAAGGGGGGCCCCCAAGGAGGGUUUAAAGGGGGCCCCCAGCGAGACUGUCAGAAGUAAUAUAAAUAGCAAAGGAUAUAAAGAUAAAGAAGGGGCCCCCAAAAGGGUUUAUAAUGAAGAAGAGGAAGGGGGGCCCCUGUUAAAGAAGAAGAAAGUAGAUGAGCCGCAUCCCAGAAAUAAACACAAACCCCACCCCAAGAGCAGCAACAGCAGCAGCAGCAGCAGCAACAGUAGCGGGAAGCUGCCCCAGUGGGUAGUUGCUGCUGUGAAGGCACAAGCAGAAGCUAAAGAAGCAGCAGCAGCAGCAGCAGCAGCACGAGCGUCUCUCCCCCCCCUACCACACCUGACUCUGGCCCUAGUAGCUGAAGCCACACAGCAGCAGCAGCAGCAGCAGCAGCAGCAGCAGCAGAAGCAGCAGCAGCAGCAGGAGAAGCAGCAGGGGAAGGGGAAGAAGAGUUUACUGGAGAGUAGAGAGGGGGGGCUCUCAGCAAUAGAGAGGCUUGUUCUCAGCAGUCGGGGUCUGACGAUGAUGGAGGGCUUUGACUGCCUUCCAAAUCUAAAGGCCCUCAUUUUGAGUGGAAAUGAAAUUCUUUUGUCUCGCAACAAAAUUUCUUCUUUCGCUUUUCCCCCUCAGCCUCUGCCUCAUCUUAAGAAGCUGUCUUUGUCUGAAAACCAACUCAAGGGCGGUGGAGGCUGUGGGACAUCAUUUAAAAAUAUCUCAGCUGAAUUUCAUCGGCAAUCCUCUGAUGGCGACGGAGAGCGUAAAUAA